AUGUACGCCCUCCGAAUCGCUUGCAGAUCUCUGCAAUGUUAUACGUUCCUCGUGAUCCUUGGAUGCACCCUCGUUGGGUUCACUCUAGCCCCAAUAUUCAUCACUGAAUCAGUUGGUACAUCACUGGCCACAAAGUUUUCAGCGUAUCUGCCUCUAGCAUAUCAACGACGCCCCAGUACACGCCCUGCCCAUACUUUUCGCCCAGACGGUUUACUAGAAGAAUGGGACGCCAAGCUCGCCCGUGCCAGUCGAACACUACCAGAGGCAGUCCGUGAGUAUCGUCGCAGGUACACGAGGGCUCCUCCGCCAGGCUUUAAUCGAUGGUGGUCUUACGUCAAAAAGCAUAACCUCCAGCUCCCAGACGAAUACGACCAGAUCAAUCACGAUCUCGCACCAUUCUGGGGUAUAGACCCCGUGUCCUUACAGGUAAUCCAGCGCGAUUGGGAGGGACACGCCCACUCAUACACCCUCGCUAAAUCUACCCCUCUCGGGCCCUUGCACGUCGGAAAUGACACGCUGCCUGAUGAGGAGGCUGUGAGGGAGCGUUUACUCAUUGGCGCCAACCAGCUGAUCGAUCUGAUGGCUGAAGUCGAAGAUGACCUGCCUAUGUUUAGGGCGGUGUUCAGUCCUCAUGAUAACCCUAACGUGUUUAUCACACAUGAGAUGAGGAAAAGAGCCGUAGAAGCGGGCAGGACGGGUGACUAUAUUGAUCUUCUCAAUGACAACCCAGCGCCAUUCACCAGAGGCUGGCUACACGCCUGUCCAUUAAACUCCACCGCACGUAACCCACCGUCCACCUCCAACAAACCAAAAACCUUCAUCUACGACCACCUCCAAGCAAUGGACCCCUGCGCACAUCCCUCCCACCUUUCCCAACAUGGCCAAUUCCUCGCCCACGGCAUUGGACCCUCCCCUGACCCCUUCCCCGUCCCCCAGUUCAGUUAUUGCUCCAGCCCUCUCCACGCUGAUAUCAGGGUGCCUAUACCUUUAUCGUGGGUGGAAGACGUUGAAGGCGAAGAAGGUGACGAAGGUGCAUGGGAGAACAAGGAAGAUGAGAGGCUUCUUUGGAGGGGGCUUAAUACAGGUAUUCUUCAUACGAGUGAUAAGCCUUGGAGAGAUACGCAGAGGGCCCGGUUGGUGGAGAUUGCGCAGAGGAUAGUUGGGAGCGUUGAGGUGUUGAUAAUGGAUGCCGAUGGGGAAGGGAUGAAGGUGGAAGAAGUGAAGAAGGCAAGGAUGAACCCUGCGAUGCUUGAUAUCGCGUUUGCGGGGAGUCCUAGUCAGUGCGAGCCAGAGACAUGUAGGGAGUUGGAGGAAGGGUUUGAGUGGAGGAGGAGGAUGAGUGUUAGGGAUGCGGGGAGGUAUAAGUAUGUGUUUGAUGUGGAUGGUAAUGGGUGGUCGAGUCGCUUUAAACGGCUCAUGACGACCAACUCGCUCGUGUUCAAGUCUACGAUAUAUCCUGAAUGGUUCACAGACCGCCUCUCCCCCUGGGUCCACUACAUCCCCAUCCAAAUCGACUACUCCGACCUCUACGACGCCCUCCUCUUCUUCCGCGGUGACCCCUCAGGCCGAGGGGCGCAUGAAGAGCUCGGAGCGAAGAUUGCGAGGAGGGGGAGGGAGUGGAGUAGGACGUUUUGGAGGAAGGAGGAUAUGAUUGCUUAUUUAUUUAGGUUAUUCCUCGAAUAUUCGAGAAUAAUGAGCGAGGAUAGAGAUGCGCUUAAUUUCGAGCUGUAG